AUGUCAAGUUCAUGGAGGUGUGAAGCUUGUUUAGUUAUGAAUUCAGAAGAAGCGAUCGAAUGUGUAUGCUGUAUGCAAAAAAGAAAUAUAAAUGUUGAGGAUAAUAUUAAUACUACUACUAUAACUUCUAGUACCAAUGCUAGUAAUAAUGAUAAUAUAAAUAACAAUGAAAAGAAAAAACAGAAUAAUAAUAAUAAUAAAAAAUUAACUAAUAAUGAAAAAACAAAAACAAAUGAAGAAAGUAUAACAAAAAAUAAAAAUACUAAGGUUAAGAAAAAUAUUACAAAUGCAGUAAAGGAUUCUAAAAAGAAAGAAAAAAAUAGCACAAAUGAAAAUAGAAGCAACUUAGGAGGAGGCUUUAUACCAUCAGUUAAACCGUCAGAUAAUAAUCAUGAAUCUAACAAAAGUAUUUUUUUAACAGGCAUUAGUGCCACUUCUUUUACUGAUACAAAUACUAAUAAUAAACAAAGCAAGGAAUUAAAAAACAAUUUAGAAGAAAAAACUAAAGUUGCAGAAAAAAAUAAAGAGAAAAAAAAAGUAGAGAAUAAUGAAAAAGCAAUUACUAAAAGAAUACAACCAACAAGAAAAUGUACUCAAAAAAAAAUAUGUUAUAAAACUUAA